CUCCACCUCCACAAUCUCAUCUUUAAGACGUUAUCUCCUUUCCCAUUGUACUCAACAACAACCCAGAACAAAGCAGAAGAAGUUGAAGAAGGAGGAGGAGGAGCAAAAUUACCGAAAUGGGUCGUGGGAAGAUUGAGAUCAAGCUGAUCGAGAACCAGACGAACAGGCAGGUGACCUAUUCGAAGCGACGAAAUGGGAUCUUCAAGAAGGCUCAGGAGCUCACGGUUCUGUGUGACGCUCAGGUCUCCCUCAUCAUGCAGUCCUCCACUGACAAAAUCCACGAGUAUAUUAGCCCAACCACUACGACCAAGAAGAUGUUUGAUCUCUACCAGAAGAAUUUACAGAUCGAUCUAUGGAACUCACACUACGAGGCAAUGAAAGAGAACUUGUGGAAACUGAAAGAGGUUAACAAUAAGCUGAGGAGGGACAUCAGGCAAAGGCUGGGGCAUGAUCUUAAUGGUCUGAGCUAUGCUGAGCUGCAAGAUCUGGAGGAAACGAUGAAUCAAUCCGUGCAAAUCAUACGUGAUAGAAAGUACCACGUGCUCAAGACUCAAGCAGAGACUACCAGGAAAAAGGUGAAGAACUUGGAGGAGAGAAACAGUAAUUUAAUGCAUGGCUAUGGAGCUCCAGGUAAUGAGGAUCCCCAAUAUGGGUAUGUGGAUAAUGAAGGGGACUAUGAAUCUGCUGUUGCAUUGGCCAAUGGAGCAUCAAACUUGUAUUUUUUCAAUCGCGUCCACAACAACCACAACCUUGACCAUGGACAUGGUGGCGGUUCACUGGUCUCCUCCAUUACUCAUCUCCAGAACCCUAAUAACCACGGCAACCACAACCUUGAGAAUGGACAUGGUGGGGGUUCACUCAUUUCCUCCAUCACUCAUCUCCAUGAUCUCCGUCUUGCUUAAUUGGUUGAGCUACAGUGAUCGUACCGAAACUAAGCACUAAAUUAAGGUUACUGAUGAUAUCGGUCCUUCAGUACUAUAAACCCUGAUGAAAUACUGUAAGAUAUAUUCCUAGCGACGCUAUUUAUGUUAAGGAAAAGCUAGACUGAGAGAUGCGCUAGCUUUUAUGUAUGUCUUGUAGAAGUAUGGCAUGAGCAAAAAUCA